UCCUCCUCCCACAAGUCAGACUCUUUUAUCAUCCCCGCGUCGUUGUCGGUGAGUUAUGUCUGAAUCUCCAAUUGUUCAGUUAUUCUAACACGUCGGACAAAGUAAACAAACAAUGGAGACGAAGAAGACUCAAGCUGAAAACCAGCCUAAGCCAGCCAUGUCUUCGUGUAGAAAGAUGGUCAAGGAUGAUGCCAAUUUCUUAGAAGACGUCAAGGACCACAUUGAUGAGUUCAUCAAUGCCUCCAUGGAUGAUCACAAGAAUUGUUUCAACAAGACCAUCAAGAAGAUGUUUGGAUUAUCGAAGGCUGUUGCAGAGAAGCAGCAAGCUGAAGAAGCUAAAGGAGUGGAGAGUUAUUUGCCUCUUCAGACAACUCUCUCUGAUUAGAGAAAUUGAUAGUUUCAUCCUAACCGGAUAUUGUUUCGGUUUACUUUUCGUUGGUUUGUUUCGAUUAACAAAGUUUAUGGGCUAAUACCAACUGAUUACAGUCGAAUAAAUUGGAGGCCUGAAAGGUUAAAUA